AGCAAGUUGAAGUGCUCAGUCAAGAUUUAUAGCCUAUCAGAACAUAUUUAAUUCGAGAAAAAAAAGCCAGAAUAAGAUGAAUCUAACCUUGAAAUCAGAAAAGGAGUCAAGUGCUAGCACUGCAGAUAAAGUCUCGAAGCUCUACAGCGAGAUAGCAAAUAUGAAAAGGGACUAUGAUGACUGGGCGAAAAUUAUGGAAAAGAGCCACUUAAAAGAACAAAACGAGAUUAAGCUUUGGGAAAGGGCUAUUGAAAAAGUUAAAGAAACGGUGAAAGACAACAGUGCCGAGACAACUUUUGAUGUCAGGAAUGACGAAAAUGAUAUUUUUUUGACUAUCGCGUACACGCCCACCCAAUCAAAGUGCAUAGAAAUAAAAAACAGCGGCCACCUGAUGAGCUUCACAUUGCCCGACGCCUUGGAGUGGAUUCAGAUGAAUAUUGCAGGUCUAAAAGGAUCAAUAAAGAAAAUCGUCCUUGAUCAGUAUUAUGUGAAUUCUCAACAAGAAAUACUUCUCUGGACGCAAAAAUAUUUGAACAAAAAGGAAACAGCACUACCUCAAAUCGCAAUAGGAACUGAGGGACAGACCGAAAUGAAUGGUAAUAUGGUAAAGGCACGUGAAGGCCUUGCGGAACUUGUGAAUCAUAGCGAACCGGACUUAAAUGCAUUUAUGCUGAAAGCAGAAGAGGACAGUGCUUUAAUAAAAAACUUGACAGAUGAAGUUCUUGAUAUGCUAAGUAAGCUUAUAAGCUUUAAUUCUGAAGUCUUGACAGAUACAAUAGUUGAUGGUAUUAGAAAAGAAAUCGAUGAGCUCUUGGAAAGACUUGGAGAAGGAAACAAUACAGCUGAGACAGCCAAAUACCCAACCAGCAACCAAAGAACUGGGAAUUCUCCGAAAAUGAUCGCUCCUACUAAACAUAUUUCGAAAAAUAAAUACCACACUAAACAUAACAUCAAAGGUAUGGAAAACGAAUUGCCUACACUAGAUACAAACAAAAAAGAACCGAUGAUGGUCGAUUUGAUGGAUAUAAGAAAGAUUAAAGUCAAACUGAUUGAAUAUAAAGCAAAUGAAACCGGUGGCACUAAAAAUGGAUUAGCUGAAAAACAAUCGAACCUUAGCAAAUUAAGUGACAUUCACCUAGCUGACAAAUUUCCAGAUCAAGUUAACUCGAUCGAAAGUAUUACAAAUAAAAUCGAAUCGAAUGCAAAUGAUAGCAAUGAAAUUAACCAUAGGCAGGAUUAUUCCCUUCAUAUAAAUUUUUUUAUAAAUUCUGCACAAAAGGUAACCAUUUCUAGUAUUGAUUUAGAGAGAAAAGAAAACACUGUAGCAGCUGAAGAUGAAACAUCUGGAACACAACCUAUUAAAAUCAGUACAGAAAAUGAAUCAGGUGGCCAUAAACUCAAUUCAGAGCAAAAUUCCAAUAGCAUUAAACGUCGAUUCCAAUUUCCGAAAGAUUUACAUGGGACCCAAUCAUUAGAGUUUGAUUUAAAGGAAUGUCUAGAUCAAUACACGAGUGGAGGUAUGAAAGCUGCACCAGAAAAAAUGAUGAAACAUAAUGAAUCCUCUGAACGGAUGUCCAAGUCAAAAUGUGAAAAUGACUUGGUUUCCUGUCCUCCUUUUAAGAAUAUUUCAUUUGACUUCAACGAAAACAAAGGAAAGAUGAGAAACAUUUUAGGACCAUGUUGAUCUGAGCGCAAGUCAUUAAAAAAAAAAACUCCAUUUAUUAAAAAUAAUAUGAAAACUAAUCAUGGUGCAGGGGAUACAAUUAUAAAAGAUAAUCCCGACGCUUUACCAGACUAUACAUUUGGAAACACUGUGAAUGAGAAAAACUGUACAGAAAGCCCACCAAAGAGUAUUUCUAAAAAUGAAAAUAGUAGUACCAUUAAAAUAGAAAUUGAGUCCGGGACAGAAAAAAAAAUCCUGUACUUCGGAUACACCUUUAGCGAUGAUUACAAUCCACGUGUGCCAUGAUGUUACAAAUUUCGAUAAUUCUUUUGAUUUAUCUGCGACUGAUGAUAUGAAAUCUAUAAUAACCAAAAACAAAACCUCGGGGCAAAAUAUGAAAUAAUAUAAUGACCAUUCCGUUACGGAAGUAGAAAUCAAUAUGCUUAUAUUCUUUAUAAAUUUAUAAUUUUGUACAAUCCCCAUAAUGAUGCUUUUAUAAUAUUGU